AUGACGACGAAAACGACAAUUACCUUAUCACCGAUAAAACAUUGUUACACAUCACCUAAUUUAAAGAAACGUCGUAUUACAUCAAUUUCAACAUAUCGAAAAUAUCAAACAAAUUUAUCACUAACUCUGCCACAUAUGAUUUUAUCAUCAACAGCAAUUUCAGUUUGUUGUGAACAACAAAAUAUAUCAACACAUAAUUUACCUGAUCUUUUAAAUGACAUAUUCAUUGAACAACAACGACGAGAAACUAUUAAUACUAUAGCAACUAUAUUAAGAAAAGUUGGUGAUCAAAUUGAUGAUCAUUUGCGGACUGUUAAUAAUUCAUCUUCUUCCUCAGAUCAUAGAUUUGGCCAACGAACUAUUAAAAUAAUUAACUGCUUAUCGCAUAUUUUACGUUUUUUCUUAUAA